AUGGGGAAAACUGCUCCGAACACAGCAUCCCUGGAUAUCACUAGUCCAACUUUCACUGAUGUCCACAUGCACUACCAGGGAGAUGGUUCAAGAGUUUCUACAUUGAUAUCAUCUUCUUCAGCUGGCACUCUUGGUUUUCUUACCAGUCUGGAUGCUAAUAUUCUCAACAGCAAGAUUUUCUACCAAACUCAGUCUAACCCUCAGAAUGAAGUGGAUAUCUUAAAAAGUGAGAUAUCUUUCAAAAAUCCAGAACUGAUUCAAGUCAAAACCAACUGGAAUGAGGAUGCCGUCAGAGAGUUACUUAAGGGUUUAAAAGAGAAGGUUCCUGAAAUGGCUGAUGCUUUGUACCAUACUGUUGACAAGUACCACCGUAAACAUACAGGCAUGGGAAUCAGUUCUGCUGCCUCAAAACUGCACGAUCAUCUGAGAAAUAAAACUGACAGAACAUACACAAACACUUUAAACAGCAUCAGUGAACUAGAACAACGGCUUCAUGAAGUAACUAACCAGGUCACAGGGAAAUAUGAACAGAUUAAGAAAGAAUCCAAAACGCUAUACCAUAAAGCUGCAGAUCAAGCUAGCAAAAUGGAAUAUGACCAAAUCAGAGCCCAAUUUUUGGAUGCCAUCAUGAAUGUAAUAGUAGAAUACCAUAAACAGGUAAAACGUCUUAUUGAUUCUGCCAUUGAAUUUUUGAAGGUAACAAGACUCCAGGUACCAGGGCUGCCUGGGAAGCACACUGGUGAAGAACUUUAUGUGAUGGUCACUGAAAAAAUAGCAAAAGUUAUAGAUCAGUGCAUUACAAGAGUGCAGGAAUAUUUUGAUUCUUUGAUUGCCUUUGUCAGUGAGGCAGAAAUUAAAAUUCCAGCUUCCUCUGUGAUAAUCAAAGGUAGUGAUAUACUUGCAGAAAUUAAAAUGUUUUUAACCCAUGUACAAAAGAAAGUUAGUCAGAUAUUUGUUGGUCUCCAGGAGAUUGACUUUGCACAACAUCUAAGAGACCUAAAAGAAGGAAUUCAGCAAGUCUUCCAGAAGAUAGAAGAGCUUAUCAGAAAUAUACAAGCUCAAAACUAUGACUAUCUGAAAGACCAAACAAAACAACUGUUUGUAAAUUUCUUACAAGCACUGAAUAGCUUAGCAGGUGAUGUAAAAUAUUUAUCUCCUCGCAUUGAAAACAUUAUCCAGAAUACUCUCUCCGAUAUUUAUAGUAAGUUAGAAGACAUUCUACAGAGCAUAAAAGAUCUGCGGAAAGAAUAUUUUGACCCAAGUGUAGUUGGGUGGUCUCUCAAAUAUUAUGAAGUGGAAGAAAAGCUGAUAAAUUGGUUGAAGGAUCUUUUUAAUGCUAUAUUAGAGUGGCACACCAAAUGGAUCAAUGAUGCUGCUGACCUCAUGAUAACCCUGACAGAUCAGGCAAAAGAAUUUUUGGAAAACCAAGAAAAACUUGCUGAGCUCUCCAAAACUGCACAUGAAAAGAUCCUGUAUUGGUCGGAAGCUGCAAAACAGAGUGCUGCUGAACAAAACAAACAGGUCAAGGCAAAGCUACAGGAGACAUACAAUCACCUUUUCAGUUCUUACGAAAUGCUCAUCAGCAAGACACAAAGAUUGAUUGACUUGACAAUUGAGAACUAUACUGCAUUCUUCCAAUACCUCCAAAAGCUACUUGAUUGGUUUGAGAAAGUGACAGCUGAUGCUCUGAGGCCUUACAUAGUUGUUCGCCAAGGAGAACUCAGAAUAGAUAUACCAAAACCAUUUGAUUUGUCAGCAAUUAAUCCCAUAAAUCCAGUGUCUCAAGAAAGUGAAGAUCUUCAACAGAAACAAACUAGUUUUGCAAGUCAUUGAUCUAAACUCCAAAAAAAGGUGGGGAGCAGCAAAAUUUCAUGGAUGUGUAGAUUUAUGCUGGGCAACUGACUGGAACAGAUCAAGCAACAUGCUCACAGAAAAAAAGAUGGUACAAAUUGUUAUCGCACCAUAUUUAAAGUCAGCAAUCUGAAUUUCUGCAAUGUCAAUAAAAUAUUUUAAGCUCUUAUAUAUGAAAACUGAAUAAUCUCUGAGUCAGCUUAUUCCUCUGCAAAGUCAAUAAAUGAAUUCAUUUAUUUCA